UCUCUUGCUCUCUAUCUUUCUCCCCUCAAACCCUCUUCUCGCUUUCUCUUGUUCUUUCCAAUUUAGGGUUCGAAAGAUCCCAGCUUGCUCAUUCUUCCCUCUUGUAUGCUCCCCCAUUCUCACACCCCUUAGCUUCUAAGCUUUCAUUUUGUGUAUGAAUUGAGACUUUUUUGAGCAUCAUGGUUGAUUAGGUCUAGGAUCACGAGCUAUGGUUCUUGUUUCUGUGCUUUUUGACGAGUUUUGAGGUUUCUAGUGGAGUUUGAGCACGGGCGAGGGUUGAAUUUGGUGAACGUUGGUAGCUUGAGAAGGUUGUAGGAGUGGUACUGCAUGUCAGAUGAGUGCUGAAAGCAAUGAUGGCGAAUGAACAGAUUGGUUCACCUUCACUGUCGAUUGAAGAUGCUUGUGGCAGCGGCGGGUCGCCAUCAAGUGGUGGGUCAACUAUGAAGAAAGGACCAUGGACAUCUGCGGAAGAUGCUAUUCUUGUUGAUUAUGUCAGAAGAAAUGGAGAGGGGAAUUGGAAUUCUGUGCAGAAGCAUUCAGGACUUGCUCGUUGCGGAAAAAGCUGUCGUCUUAGAUGGGCUAAUCAUCUGAGGCCAAAUCUGAAGAAAGGUCCCAUUUCACCAGAUGAGGAGAAGCUCAUAAUUGAACUUCAUGCCAGGAUGGGCAAUAAAUGGGCUCGAAUGGCUGCACAUUUACCAGGUCGGACAGAUAAUGAGAUUAAAAAUUUCUGGAAUACCCGGAUAAAGCGUCGUCAACGUGCUGGAAAUCGAGGCUAUGUACCUUAUACACCUCCAUUUCCAGAAAACUCUGCAAGGCGCCUGGUGGCUCAGGGUUAUGGUUCUCAACAGCUUGGCCUUAUGAAUCAAGUAACGAAUCAUCUCACACAGCUUCGAGAACCAGAACCGCUGUUUCCUGGCUUUCAUGGCAACUUCACUAAUGGGCUCCUCCGAUUGGAUCAGUUAAGUGAUUUGUCUAGAAAUGUAUACAGGACCCUCGGAACGGUAUGUCCUUCUGAUCCUAAUCCCAAUUGUAUAAAACCAGGGUUCUUUGAAAGUUCGAUUAGUGGCAGCCAUGCCCUUUUAAAUGGCACGUUCUCUGCUUCAAAGUCCUCCACUGAGGCGGCUUUGAAGUUGGAGCUCCCUUCAUUCCAAUGUCCAGAAAUGGAUUCUUCUAGCUGGCUUGCAUAUCCUUCUACUCCGCUUCAAACCAUUGAAACACAUGCACAGAAUCCACCGGCAGACCCACAAGUGAAAUCUGAUUGUGUAUCACCGCAUAACAGUGGUCUUCUGCAAGAAUUAAUCCAUCAGGCGAAUACACUAUGCAAUUCCAAUAAUCAGCCAUCUUCAAGGAGCUCAAACUGUUCUACUCCAUUACCUAGCGGAAUCAUGGAAAGUUCAAUAGUUGGGUCUUGUGAGACCAGCAUGGAAGAAUUCAGUGACCCAAUUUCACCUCUGGGCCAUUCUGCUGCUUAUAUCUUCAGCGAAAGCACAACUCCUACCAGUGGUUUCCUUGUCAAUGAACUUCCACCUUCCAAAGCUGCUUUUGGUGCAUACCAAGCACAGGCGACAGCUGAAAAUCGUCGAACACCUAAUAUAGGAAAUAAUGAAACUCUGCCAAAUUUCUCAAGACCUGAUACUUCAUUGGAGACAGAUUGGCUGGAGGAUAGUGUUGAAACUGAAGAAAGCAAGUUUAUUCUUAACAAUGCUUUGGCAACACUUUUGAGUGAUGACUUCUAUGGUGAAUUAAACAACACCCCUAUGGAAACAUCGUCCAUGUUGGAUAGCGGUGCGGAACUGGACUCCUGCCUGUGGAAUAACAUGCCUAAUUUUCAGUAGUUUAAUUAUCCGAUUGCUUACUACAUGGUAUAUUUCAAGGUCGCCCAGUUUUUCCUAUCAUCAGUUGUUGCAGAGUGUGAGACAAACCGUAGAUGUGUUAUAAAGAAAGGAGGCUCUGCUGUAUUAAUUUAUCCAACUGUUGUUACAAGCAGGUUUUUUGUGUGCAAUAAAUGCAGUCCUGAGAUCAUGUAAACUAGGUUUUGCGGCUGUUUCUGUUUUAUGGUUUAUUAGGGUGUACUAGAUUUGUGUAAUGGAUUAGAUGCAGCUUUCAAUAAUUCUGCAGUGUACUGUACUCCUUUGAAAGAUCAGACGCUGUACUUGAUUCUCA